AUGUUUAAUCUACCUUUCGGCGAUCCAGGUGUUGCUAUCGUCAACGAGAUUUUACAGUAUGUCAGGAAAGGAGACAUUGUCGUCGAUGCCUCCAAUGAGAACUACAAGACAUGCCACGCGAGGCAGCAGCUUUUUAGCCCGUUUGAUGUUGCCUACAUUGCUACGAGCCACAACAAAGGCGCAAGCGUCGUCUCCCUCUGUCCGUCCUCCUUUGGCACGACUCAAAUUGCCUUGAUCCCGAAAAUAAAGGGGAUGAGGGCUGUUGCGCCGAACCCCGUCGCGAAUAGCGUCAUCAAGGCGAGAACCAGCGGGAGCAGGCAGCCAAUUUGGGACAUGUUCCCGUCAGCCGCCACUUCAUUCCACGAGCUGUUCAACCUCAUUCCCGGCAACGAAAACACGUUUAUAUCAGCUCCUCAACAAGAGGAGUAUCAAGUGUCCAGGAUGCUUAAGCUGAACUACGCAAAUUCGGUGAAGAACCCCGAGAUGUACACGGUCGUGGCCACGGCUUACGACUAUACUUCAAAUAGCGUUGCGGACUCUACGGGCAAUCGUAUAGAGUUCUCAUCUGGUUACAUCACCCAAGGUUAG